CAAAAAUAAUAAUAUUAUCGCAGUGCCAUCCGUACGCGUCGGCCGUGCGCACAUUUCUUCUCCGCUACCGUCGUGACAAAAAAAAAAUAAAUAAACACUUGAGAAAGAAUAACCUUUAAACGCCGCAGUCGUCGUUAUCAUCGUCGUCGUCGUCGUCGUUCCUCCCGUCGAGAAUAUAAAUUGAUCACACGCCGCGCCACGCCGGCCGAACUUCGACUUGCACAGUUGCACUGCUUGCACUCCACUCGCACUGUCUCUCGUUCGCCGAUCAGUCCCGCGACUCGCCGGUCGCACGCACCGGCCGUACUUUUAUUUCGAUAAACGACAUUUAUUGCACGCGAUAAUUUGUCGUAUAUUAUUAUUACUGUAUAUUAUCGUAAUUGUUGUUAUUAUUAUUAUUAUUAUUAUUAUUAUCGUCAUCGUCGUAAUAAUACAAUUGUACGUAAUAUUAUAUAUUAUUAAUACUAUACGAUAUUAUAUCGUAUUGUCGGGUUUUUGACCAGCCGUUUUUAACGCACAUUUACAUGGUGUCCUAUGAAAGUCCGAUGGCGCACGUAUUGGGGACCAACAACCUCGACUCUUCGGAGCCUUUCAAGUCCGAACACGUCGAAGAAAUGGACAUGAAGGCAGUAAAUGUAGGUGAUUAUUGGGUACAUUUCGCGCUGAACGCAAUUCUCGAACGAUACAAAAUCCGCGAAGUGCCCAGAGACGAAAACGAAUUACGUACGCUGUUUCUCAAAAGUUAUAGCCGUCUACAGUUCUCCAUCGCCCGCGAUCAGCGGGAGACGGGCACCAUCUCGGCAACAGACGCAGUCCUCAUGCAGAUCAUGCAUCAAGUGUUCGACUUACAUCCCGAAUGGCUGGACCAGCGUAACAACAACCAACCGCCAGCAAUAGCCCCGACCAGCAACGGCGGCGGCGGUGGCGGCGGCGACGACGAGACGUCUUCCGUGGCGUCGUCAGCGUCCUCGUCCAACCCGCCGUCCUCGUCGCGCCCGCGCCAAACGCGGCCGUUCAAGUGCACGGUUUGCGGCAAAGAGUUCGGCUACAAGCAUGUGCUUCAGAACCACGAGCGCACGCACACCGGCGAAAAACCGUUCGUGUGUUCCGUGUGUAACAAGUGUUUCACCCGCGACCAUCAUCUCAAGACCCACGUCAGACUGCACACCGGCGAAAAGCCGUUUUGGUGUCCGCACUGCAAUAGGUUUUUCGUGCAGGUGGCCAACUUGCGCAGACAUCUCAAGACCCACACCGGCGAGACGACCUACCCGUGCGAGUACUGUGUCGCGUUCUUCGAAACGGCCUCCGAGCUAAAAGACCACAAGCGACAGCACAAGGAGAACAGCAAGCCCCGCGGAGUCGUGAAAAAGCGGUGCCGCGGCGCCGCCUCCACCGUGACGCCGACCACCGAUCCGUGUACUUCGGUACCGCCGUGGACACCGGCCACGCACGGUUCGCCGCCGCCGCCGCCGUCGUCGUCUCCACCGCCGUCCGUGCCCAACAAAAAAUGCUGGUCUUCGCCGCCGCCCCAACCACAGGCGGUGUACGCGCAGCAAAGUCAACCGCGAGCCGUCUCGCCGCCCACGGCCCCGUCCAUCGAACCGUAUCACUAUCUACAGUUCAUCGCGCGGUUUCAAUCGCCCGAACGGAGCGGCGAACCCUUCGUCAAGUUCGAGUCGCCGGAACAGACCGAACCCGAAGACCUUUCCGUCAAAUCCGAUAACAAGAUGAUCGUCGACGUCGCCAUGGAUCUCACGUGUAAAUAGCUUUUAUUAUUAUAAAUUUCAGGAAAGUAAUGAAAAAAAAAAACAAUCAAAUAGCGAAAAUAAACAAUAUAACUACACAUAUUGUAUAUACAAUAUGUUUAUUUUAUGUCCAUCAGCCAAAAAUCACCACUUUGAAUUACAAUUAACAAUUAUUAAUAUUUUUUUUUUUUUUGUGGAUAUGUAGUCAUGUCACCAUAGUCAUAAGCUCAAUUUUUUCUCAUUAAUAUCAAAAAGUUUUUUAAAAAAUAAUAAUUUGUUUUUUUUUUUUGACGUUAAUCAAAAUUAUUGUGCAAUACAUAUUAUACAAAAAAUGUACAGUUACUUUAAGUUAUAAUCGAUUAUUAUAUGUAUUAUGUAUAACAUUUUUUUAUUCAGAAUUUUAAUACCGCUAAGUUGUCCCCUAACCUUUUCAUUAUAAAUAGGCAAACAAUUUGAGUCGGUGCUAGUUGUAUUAUUUAUGAUAAUAAGGGAAACGACGGGCCGCUAAGUCCGGAUAUGGAAUUUGUAUGUACAUAAAAAUUGUCUGCCAUUCGUAAAAAAAAAAAAAAACAUGUAAUCAAUACAUUAAAUACUAUUACUCAAUAUUUUUGUUUUAACUUUCGUGACAUUCCCAUUUCGUUAUUCGUAUGUAAAGUACAAGUGCGUAUGUGAUAUUAUAUUUGUUUUUAUAUUUAUUAUUUUUUUGUCAAUUUUUUUUAUUCCUGUAACAAUAUUAUAAUGUAUUGAUAUAUAUAUAUAUAUAAUAUUAUUUAUUCGUUUACCUAUCAUAAUAUUAACAUGUUGUACAAAUUAUUGUAAAAUUAAGACUGAAUUUUGUGAAGGAUAACAUUGGAAACAAAUGUUGGCUCAUUAAGUAAUUAUUUUAUUAUUUAUUAAUAAUAUAGCCAGUUGGUAUUUGUUUUGUUUCCCAUUUUCUAUUUUAACUGUUGUAAAAUAUUUCAACAUAUUUUUUCUUUGUAACAUACAACUAUUAGAAAAAUGAAUUUUUGAAAUGGGAGGAUUAUUUACUCAUUAUUAUUAAUUAUACUAUUACUAUCAACAAUAUUGGAUUGUCAUUAAUCAUUGUGCCAUUUAUAAACUUAUUAUUUAGGUAUAUUAUAUUGUUAAAGCAUUUUGAGUUAUGGUCUGAAUAAAUGUGCUCAAGUCUUUAAAAAAAAUA